UGUUCCAUUUUUCGUGGAGUGAUUUAAUUCGUAUGCCCGAGAUAAGAUAAAACGUUGACUAUAAAAAACUAAAUACCUACUCAACUUUGUUUAGUUUUAUAUUUUCGUUGAUAAAAAAUUGUUAUGGCAGCUUAUUACUGGGUUGAUACAUCGGCUCGUGGUGGAGUUCCUCAAACAGCCCUUCGAGGUGGGACCGAUGUAGAUGGUUAUGAAAUUUUCGUUGGCAGAGCAUAUCAUGAGGGUGAUUGGUUACCAGCAAAAGUUAUUCCUGGUAAGGAAAUCGCCUACGUUGCUUACAAUGGAGAAGAAAUCGGAGUUCACCAAUUCCAGGUACUAUGCGAACAAAGUUUCGAUUGGAUACCAUGUCAGGGUGGGGAUAUUCCACCAGAUGCAGUACAAGGUGGAAAUACCUCAGAUGGAGAACCCCUUUACGUUGGUAGAGUUUUCCAUGAAGGUUCUGAAACAGUUGGAAAAGUUCAUCCAAGCCACGGUGUUUGCUACAUUCCAUUCAAUGGUGCAGAGCAUGCCUACCCUAAUUAUGAAAUAUUAGUGCUCAGACAUUGAAAGUUAAUUUUUUGUACUCAUAAUUAUAACCGUAUUUAUUGAUUAAAUAUCAUAUAACGCUUC